AUGGCGAAGAACUUAACCGAGGCGUCCUCCUCUUCCCCCCGCCCCCCGCGCCGCGAAGCUUGCGCCUCACAGAGGGUUCAUGCUGCCAAAGGCAGCCUGGUAGCCAACGCCGCCGCCAAGAGACACCAGGGCAACCGAGCAACCAACCUUCCCGGACACUUCUUCCGGCUUCCGUACCGGCCUUCCGAGCAGCGCGACUACAAAAAGAAGAGGGAAGGAACGAAGAAUCUCGGGGAAGUGGGGAGCGCUGACUGGGUAGAAGUCCGAAAGGAAGGAGGGAGGACGCCAAACUCGAGUCCUCUUGAGAGGCCUGUGAGUCUUCAUCCCUCUGAGCUGCAACAAGUCCAUUCCUGUGUUCCCAAGGAAAUCAGCAUGGAUCCAACUGACAGCAGACACACAGGCAACCUCCCAGAGAGCAGCACUCAGUCCCAAAGCAGGGCAAGGGGCCUGGAGCGUGCCCACAUCCCAGGAGCUGAGGCAGGCGAGGUGGAGGCCACCGCCACCCACUCAGGGCAUCCAUCUGUUGGCGAUACGCUGGGCUCUCCCGAGUGGCCUCAGAGAGCCUCCUCUCCUGACUAUGCCAGCGGCCCUGCCAGUAGGGCAUCAUCUUUUGAGUCUUUUGGCCGCCAAGCUACAGAACUGGAUGACCCACACUCUCCCUCACAAGGUGUCCUCAACAGAAAGAUGAUUGAUGUGGUUCGCUUCCUUCUCAUCAAGUACACUAGGAAGCAGCUGACAUCUAAGGCUCAGAUUCUGUACAUAGUCCUCCGCGGUUACGAGGAAUACUACCCUGUCAUCUUUUCUAAGGCCUCUGAUUGUUUGAGGCUGCUCUUUGGCCUAGAGAUAGUGGAAAGAAACACCCUUGACCACAUCUACUCUGUUGCCCUUGCCCUUGGGAUCACCUACCAUGGGACUCAGCAAGGUUUUCCAGGCGUACCCAAGACAGGCCUGCUACUAAUCGUGCUGUGCAUCAUCUUCAUAGAGGACAACUGCGCUAGUGAGCAGGCCUUGUGGCGCGUACUGAACAAGAUGGGGGUGUAUGCGGACAGUGAGCACUUCAUGUACGGGGAGCCCAGACGUCUCAUCACGGAGCAUUUUGUGCAGGAAGGGUACCUGGAAUACAGGCAGGUGCCUGACAGCGAUCCUCCUUCCUAUGAGUUCCUGUGGGGCCCAAGGGCCCACGCGGAAACCACCAAGAUGAAAUUACUCAAGUUUUUUGCCAGCAUCUUUAAGCAGGAUCCCAGAGCCUACCCCUUUAGAUAUGCAGAGGCUCUGAGAAAGGAGAUAGACAGGGUCUAGGUCAGGAGGGCCGGG